GGCGAAUAGAGCGGAGGCGGGCUCAAGUAAGAAAAUUAUAAGGUCAUUGGAAUUACCAGCGCUACAAGCCGUCGUUACAAUGAAGCGAUAACAGAUAAGACUGAAAAAUGAAAUAAACGAGAGCAAAGUCUACCAGAGAAGCCGCGGAUAUUAGGUAAAAAGGCAGGCGUGUGGCCGUUACACACCGGUGCGUGUGUAUCAGCGCAGGUAAACGCGGUGGAGGUUUCGCCUAAGCCGAUCAAGGUGGGAUCGUACGGAACAGGUUCCCCUUCUGCCAUAAUACACACGUUGUGAACACGGAGACCGAAAUCGAGGAUGUUGCGGUUAGCGUGCUCCACAGCCCUUCUCUUCGUGCUCAGGCUGUUCGCCGGCCUGUCCUGGUUUCAGGUUCUGCCAUCCAUUUUCAUUUUCUACCUGGGUUCUGGAGGAUGGAAGUCCUUACAUGUGUUUUCAAAGACCAUAUACCGCGACUUGCAUGCAGCCAGUGUGUUGCUGAGGGUAAAACUGAAUGUCAAAAAGCACCUCCGUGAGCGCAACACCGUUCCCAAACUUUUUGCCAAGUCCGUCAAGAAAUACGGCAACAAGACGGCUCUGAUUUUCGAAGGAACGGGCGAGAAAUGGAGCUUCAAGGAGCUUGAUGACUACUCCAACCGCGUGGCUAACCUUCUGCUUCAGAGGGGCUUCAAGGAAGGCGACGUGAUCGCUCUCUUCAUGGAGAACCGCUCUCAGUACGUGGGGCUCUGGCUGGGAAUGGCAAAGAUCGGAGUGGAGGCGGCUCUCAUCAACUUCAACCUGAGACUGGAGGCCCUGGUGCACUGCGUCAACAUCUCCAGCGCCAAAGCGGUGGUGUUCGGCAAUGAGCUGACAGAUGCGAUGUGUGAGGUGCACAGCUCCAUGGGAAAGACUGUUAAGCUGUUCUGCUCUGGAGAAUGGGAUCCUAAGCGGGUUCCUGAAGGGACGGAGCAUCUCGAGCCGCUGCUGGAGAAAACCUCUACAAGCCAACCCAAACAACCAGAUUGCGGCUUCACAGAUCGUCUUUUUUACAUUUACACGUCAGGAACCACUGGGAUGCCAAAAGCUGCUAUUGUAGUACAUAGUCGGUAUUACCGCAUGGCUGCCUUGGUGUACUACGGUUUCAGAAUGAAGUCUGAGGAUGUGCUUUAUGACUGUUUACCACUUUACCACUCAGCAGGUAACAUAGUGGGAGUUGGACAGUGUCUGAUCCAUGGAAUGACUGUUGUGAUCAGGAAGAAGUUCAGCGCAUCAAAGUUCUGGGAUGACUGUAUCAAAUACAACUGCACAAUCGUCCAGUACAUUGGCGAGAUCUGCCGCUAUCUGCUGAAUCAGCCGAAGAAGGACACGGAGCGCCAGCACAAGGUUCGCAUGGCCCUCGGUAACGGCCUUCGCCAGUCCAUCUGGGAGGAAUUCACCACUCGCUUCAACGUCCCACAGAUUGCAGAGUUCUACGGCGCCACCGAGUGCAACUGUAGCCUGGGCAACUUCGAUAACAAGACGGGCGCCUGUGGAUUUAAUAGCCGGAUCCUGCCCUUCUUUUACCCCAUCCGCUUGGUCAAAGUGGACGAGGAGACCAUGGAGCUUAUCAGAGGACCUGAUGGAGUUUGUAUCCCAUGUGGUCCAGGAGAACCUGGUCAGCUGGUUGGGCGAAUCAUUCAGAGCGACCCUCUCAGACGAUUUGACGGCUACGUCAAUCAAACGGCCACUAAUAAAAAGGUCGCCCAUGAUGUCUUCAAAAAAGGAGAUACUGCCUAUCUGUCAGGGGACGUGCUGGUGAUGGACGACUACGGCUACAUGUAUUUCAGGGACCGCACGGGAGACACGUUCCGCUGGAAAGGAGAGAAUGUCUCCACCACUGAGGUGGAGGGAACACUGAGCCGCCUGCUGGACAUGAAAGAUGUGGUGGUGUAUGGAGUGGAGGUGCCAGGUGCUGAAGGCAAGGCAGGGAUGGCAGCCAUAGCAGACCCCGACCACAGCACAGACCUGGCGAAGUUUAGCCGGGAAUUGGAGAAGGCCCUGCCGCCCUAUGCCCGGCCCGUGUUUCUGCGCUUCCUACCAGAAGUGAACAAAACAGGGACUUUCAAAUUCCAGAAGACAGACAUGCGACGGGAGGGAUUCGACCCUAACGUCGUCUCCGACAAACUCUACUUCCUGGACUGCACUAAGGGACAGUAUGUGGAGCUGAAUGUAGAGCUCCAUCGCAGCAUCGUCUCAGGAAAGCAGAAAUUAUGAGACUACUGCCAACCUCCACUCAUUCCCUCACCACCCCGCCUUCAGCAGCCCUCAAACCCCACCCAAUCAUCACUCCGCCCCUCGUUACCUCAGCAAACACCAGUGAGGGGCCGCAGGAACGCAUUCUGGACGCAUAUUCAAGUCCCCGUUGAUUAAUUCUCACAGCCCACCUCUCUUGCAACCGAGACGGGACUGAGGAGGCGUUCAGCCAGCCAGCCAUUAUGAAAACAAAAAAAGUGAAAAAUACAAAAAAUGAAGCAAUUUAGCAAACACGAGUACAAAAAAACAAACAGCAAGGAAAGGCACAAGGACCAAACACACGUCUGUCAAAUAGUAAAGCUUUCCCUUUGCCUCAGCUGCACAAUGCUCGCCUGGCUUCUGGACUGGGGACUGACAACCGAUAAUUUUGAUGGAUUUGACAAGCGACUGCCGUCGUGAAUGCGCCCUCAAGCCCUGACCAAAACCAUGUGGAUCGACGUGCAAUACAAACCCAGCACUGGCUGUGCACUUGCCAGCUGCCAUGACUUGAACAAUGCUGUUUAUUUAAAUGUACAACAUGCACCAAAUAUAUUUAAGUUGUAGAAUAGCUCAUCAUCUAUUUACAAGUCAUGCUUCGUUGAAGACGUCAAUGAUUGCACUGCUACUGUGUCCAUUUACCUCUCCAGAUGUUUAGUAUGCAGUGUCAGCAUGGAAGCGGAUUUAACAAACAGCCCCGUGCGACAUUGUGCAGACUUGGCUUUGUGGGUUUGCUUCGUUUAACUAGACGUGAAGACCGUUAAGUUCCCAACGAGGACUCUCUACAGGACACUAUUAGUGGACUUUGCAUGGAGGACGAAUGAAGUCGUGUAAUACUCUGGUGCUAAAGAGCAAACAUCCUAUCUGUCUUCAAAGUGGCGCCAGGACUAAAAACCGUCUUGACAGGAAGAGAACGGAAGCAGAGGAGAAUGAAGGGAAAGCGAUAUAGGCUAUUUGUCAUCAGAGUUCUAGAUUUUCUUUCAGCAGCAUGAAUGAUUGACGCAAACAGAGCACUGUGCCUUACUGUCAGGUCACCAGAUAGUGUUAUUGCCCUCGUCCUGUAUCAUUACACUACCUGACCUUAGACGUCUCUUCCAUGUCUCUUAAACAGCUAGCUUAUUUUCUAGACCUUGCUUGUACGUCCAUGAAAAUUCCCAUCAUGCAAAGUGUCCAGCACUACAUCUAUGGGCAUCCUUUCCAUUCCAUGUGUAUUUUGCUCGAUCUCCUUUAGCGAACCUUCCUGUUCUCCCUUGUCCACUGACAGCUGAUUAUUUAUUUAUAUAUCGUAGCAAGUAUUUAAGUGUGCGUGCACGUGUGAUGAGAUGAUUUUGUGUGACAGCACUUGAAUUUCUGCAAGUCACUGUUUUGGCCACUAUGUAAUAACGUACAGCACAGAUGUGGGAAAGCAUAAAACUGUUUUGACAUUAUUUUGGUAACUCUGUCCAAGAACAAGUCUGGGCCAUACAUCACCACAACAUCAAAAAAAGAAAAAUGAAUAUGAACUCUGUUUUAAAGUAUUUUGCCAUUUAUUUUCAUUAAAAAUAAUAAUUACACUCCUCCACACACAAAUUAUCAUUACUGUAAUGCAAAAAAAAAAACCUUUUACCAUAAUGACAAAAAUCUAAUUCACGUUACUACACUGACAAUAAAAUCACAUUCUCUUUAUUGUAACAACAAAAAAAAAAAAUGACAUUCUCAAUACCAUAAUGACAAAAAAUCCGACAUUAUCAUAAUAAGAAAAAUCAAACUUUCAGUACUGUAAUGGGAAAAAAAACUCAAUAAAAUGAAUCUUCUUCUCAUUACAAUUAUGGCAAAAAAAUCUCAUUUUCAUUACCAUAAAAUAAAAUUCUUAUUCUAGUUACUAUAAUGACAAAAGUCUUGUUCUCAUUACCAUAACAACAAAAACAAAAUGCUCAUUCUCAUCACUGUAAUGACUAAAUAUUUUGUUCUUAUUACCACAACAGCAAAAGAAACUCAUUCUCAUUACCGUAAUGACAAAAAAUCUUGUUCUUAUUACCAUAACAGCAAAAGAAACUCAUUAUCAUUACCGUAAUGACAAAAAAAUCUUGUUCAUAUUACCACAACGGCAAAAGAAACUCAUUCGCAUUACCGUAAUGACAAAAAAAUCUUGUUCAUAUUACCAUAACGGCAAAAGAAACUCAUUCAAAAUCUUGUUGUUAUUACUACAACGGCAAAAGAAACUCAUUCGCAUUACCGGAAUGGAAAAAAAAUCUUGUUCUUAUUUCUAUAACAGCAAAAGAAACUCAUUCUCAUUACCGUAAUGACAAAAAAUCUUGUUGUUAUUACCAUACACGACCAAAAAACUUUUCUUUCUCAUUACCGUAAUGACAAAAAAUCUUGUUCUUAUUACCAUAACGGCAAAAGAAACUCAUUCGCAUUACCGGAAUGACAAAAAAUCUUGUUCUUAUUACUAUAACGGCAAAAGAAAGUCAUUCUCAUUACCAGAAUGACAAAAAAAUCUUAUUCUUUUACCAUAAUGGCAAAAGAAACUCAUUCUCAUUACCAGAAUGACAAAAAAAUCUUGUUCUUAUUACCAUAACGGCAAAAGAAACUCAUUCUCAUUACUGGAAUGACAAAAAAUCUUGUUGUUGUUACCAUACAAGACCAAAAAAAUUCUCAUUCUCAUUACCGUAAUGACAAAAAAGCUUGUUUUUAUUACCAUAACAGCAAAAGAAACUCAUGUUCAUUACCGUAAUGACAAAAAAUCUUGUUCUUAUUACCAUACAAGACCAAAAAAAUUCUCAUUCUCAUUACCGUAAUGACAAAAAAUCUUGUUCUUAUUACCAUAACGGCAAAAGAAACUCAUUCUCAUUACUGGAAUGACAAAAAAUCUUGUUGUUAUUACCAUACAAGACCAAAAAAAUUAUUAUUCUCAUUACCGUAAUGACAAAAAAGCUUGUUUUUAUUACCAUAACAGCAAAAGAAACUCAUGCUCAUUACCGUAAUGACAAAAAAUCUUGUUCUUAUUACCAUACAAGACCAAAAAAAUUCUCAUUCUCAUUACCGUAAUGACAAAAAAUCUUGUUCUUAUUACCAUACAAGACCAAAAAAAUUCUCAUUCUCAUUACCGUAAUAACAAAAAAUCUUGUUCUUAUUACCAUAACGGCAAAAGAAACUCAUUCUCAUUACCUGAAUGACAAAAAAUCUUGUUCUUAUUACUAUAACAGCAAAAGAAACUCAUUCUUAUUACCAGAAUGACAAAAAAGUCAUGCUCUCAUUACUAUAAGGAUAAUAACAUCUCAUUUUCAUUACUGUAAUGACAAUAAAUCUAAUUCACAUGACCAUAAUGACAAUACAAUCUAAUUUUCAUUACCAUCACAAAAAAAAUCCUCAUUACCAUAAUGACAAAAAAAUGUUUCUCUUAUUACCAUGACGGCAAAAAAAACUCAUUCUCAUUACAGUUAUGAUAAAACAAUAUUGUUUUUAAUACUAUAAUAGCAAAAAAAAUAUUUUUCUCAUUACCAUAACAACAGCGACAAAAAAAAUCCUAAUUCUUAUUACCGUAAUGAUAAAAAAAAUAUUUUUUACCAUAAUAGCAAAAAAUUCUCAUUCUCAUUAACGUAAUGAUAAAAAAAAAUGAUGGACCAUAAAUUAAGCUUAGUACAACAGUAAAAAAGGAACUAAUUUGUUCACUCAAAAUGUAUACAUUUUUCUCUUUCUUUUUUUUUCCAUUUUUGAUGAAGUGAGAUUUACCCACAUAGCUGUACAUGUGAUUUAGACUUCAAAUGAUACUCCAAGCCAAGGGUGCAGUAGUGAUGUCAUUGGUCUUUUGUCAGCCAAUCAGAUGCAGUUGUCUCCAUCGGCACCUUUUUCUGUUUUUAUUUUAGUUGUUUUCACUUACCUUUAUCACUUGCAUUUUUAAAAUAAUUUUGUAAAGAAUGAUGUGCAAUGAUUUGUGGUUUGAGCUUUAUUUCUCCGUUAAUCUUGCUUGUUUUUUUUUUUGGUUGUUGUUGUUGUUGUUUUUUUUGGUUCUGGGUGUGUGAACGAGACAAAAAGCACAUCUUAUGCACUGAGUUAUAUUUUAGACACAAGAUGACGUCUUAAAUCUGUGUGUUAGAGUUUGUGUCCUAUGACAGCAAAAAUCCUCACCAGGAAGCUUUUGCUGAGGCCUCACUUGAUUACUUCUCCCAGUUAAACCCAAAAUGAAAACUGUCAUUAUUUACUCACCCUCACGUCUUUCCAAACCUGUAUGCUAAUGCCGCAGAAAAGGACAAAAAAAUCCAAGCGGCUUAUUUCAGGUCUGCCAAAGCCAUAUGAUACUUUUAUGAGAGAAAAAGAACAGUGUAUUAUAUGCCUAUCACUGCAGCUUUAGAUGUCCUUCUCCAUUUCACAUAUUUAAAAAGCAAUGCCACAUUGACAGCAAACCUGGUGUAAUAACAUAGCAGUUUCAGGCGAGGCAGGUAAUCAGUAAAUUUCAAUUUCAAGUUUAUAUUUAUGCUGAGUUUUGUCCAUAGGUUCUCUGUGUGUUCCAGAAAAGAAAUAAAACCACAGGUUUGGAAUAACAUAAAAGCAAGUAAUGAUGAGAAAGUUUUCAUUUUUGGCUAAACCAUCCUUUUAAACUCUCCUAAAAAGACACGCACUUGCAGACACACUCAAGCAACCAUCAGUUUUAAUAAUUUUAAUGUUUUUGUUCAUAUAUUGUAAAGGCAUUAGCAAUGUGAAAUGCAAAAGCCAGUGCUGUGAAUAAUUUUGUAUUUAUUUAUUUUUUUAAAUACUGAGUUUCUCUUCCACUGUACCAUAAAAACAAUCCGUUUUCUGUUUUCAGUCCAAACUUCGUUUCAAAGUAUGAGUUUGUGUGUGCAAGUGUCAUUUUGUUUUUCUUCAAAAGAUUGUGACAGUAGGUGAAAUGCGAAGUUGUUCUCAUGUCCACUAGGUUGUGCUCAUUCAGAACAUAAACACUCCUUCCUCUUGCUCACAAUGGCUGAUUUGCAAUCCGAAAUUGUGUUGAUGUCUUCAUUGGUGAUUAUUUUGUGAUGGAUAUGUAACGUUUUAUAUUUAACUGAUUACUUACUGUGGAAGCUACAAAGGACCAUUUUCAAAUAACAUAAGUUUAUCUUGUUUUAUGGAGCACCAAAGCCAAUGUGUUUUGUUAGUCAAGCAGGAAAACUUUUUUCUCAGUUUUGUUUAUGAAUUGUACCAGUUUGUCACCCUUGUCAAAAGACUGAUCAUCAGUGCACUUUUAUUUUGUCUAUUUCUGUUCAGUACUCAGGAACAACAUGCAGAGGCAGAUGAGAGAAGGGAAACUAUGAGUGAGCCGGCAGUGUGUGUGUGUGUGUGUGUGUGUGUAUGUGAGUGUGUGUUGAUGUAGAGGAGGUGUGUGAGGUGUGCCGCGUCACACUGAAGUCCUCUUGUCUUAAAGACUAGCUGUAAAUCAUGCUCUUUCAAAACAAUGGCAUCCAAGAAUCAAUAUUAAUAAAAAAUAUAUAAAUUCUC